AUUUGUAGGUCAUAAUUCUCAAUUCCAUUGACCCAAUAUCGUUUUUCCGAGUUAGCGUUAAAUAGAUUGAUUUCUAUACGCUUGCUUGGUAGUGAGAUUACGGUUCAUUCAAAUAGAUCAAAUGGUUGGAAGCUCUUUUGAUGGUAUUCCAUUACGUCUAACAGUAGCUUAUCAGGGAAUUCAUCAAAAUAAUGUUACAAGUUGCAGCUUUUCUAAAUGCGGUCGGUUCUUUGCCUUUGUCGAUGAACCAAGAAUUGUUUUGGGUUACUGGGUUAAUGAUCUCAUUUCAACUUGCUUAGAUGAAAAUAACUUCAGAGCAUCCCUGUCUCUUCACUGUCAUACCUCAAGUUUACUGUCAGACGAAGUUGCUAGCAAUGGUGAAUCAAUAAAUUCUGAUACAAAUGAUACCAAUACUAAUUGGCAGUCAUUAACAUCGGAAUUGUUAAGUGGUGAUUCAUCACCUGUACAUAUGAAGCCAAUAUUUCGGAUAAAAACUAACGGAGAUGUAGUUUGUAUGACAUUUGCUAUUGGAAAUAGCACCUUUUGUCGAUUACCACAUCGUGCUCAUAAACGCAGAUCAUCUGUUGUUCGUGAUUCUCAGGUUUCUCUAUUACUGUUGGGUUUAGCUUCUGGUGUGAUUGAAGUUUAUAACGUCUGUGGCCUAAUAUCUAGUUCACCACAUGUCCCUAAAUAUGUUCUUACGGACAACUGUACUCUUGUAUAUCUACUGUCAGUAACUGUUGAUGGAAGUCUUCGUGUAGGUUCUGUACAUCAUGGUGGUGAAGUAAGAUUAUGGGAUUUAUGGGAUGAUGGGAAUAUGUAUGGAAAAUUACGACAUAAGUUCACCAUCCCAACAAGCUGUACUGCUACUACUAAUAAUCAGUCACCUGGUGAAAUUCAAGGUGAAGCAUGUACUUUUGCUUGGCAUCCUCAUGGUAAACAUAUAUUUUUGGCGGGGGAACGUGGUCAUGCUGUCGUGCUUGAAGCAGAGUCUCCUUUUUCUCGAAUUGCUUACAUUAGGUCUGGUCAUUAUCAUCGUAUAUCUGUUGCUAAUUAUUCUAAAGAUGGAAGUCUAUUGAUUACUGCUUCAUAUGAUUCAUGUUGUGCUGUAUGGUCUGUGCCUGAAUACCAGUGUUUACAUCGUUUCUGGCAUAUGGGUCGUGAGCCUAGUAUUCCCCUUCGUGGCGGAUCAAAUGGUCAUCAUAUUUAUGGUUUAGUUAUAUCUCCUGACGAUUUUUAUUUUGUCACAAUUUGUGAAGAUAGAUGCAUUCGUUUAUGGCCAUUAGCUCCUGUUAAUUCUCCAUUGAAGAUCUAUUUUGAGCUAGCUCUUCAAUCUCAUUCUGGGUUGAAAUUUCGUAGUCUUGCAUUUAGUUCAUGUGGUCGUCUUAUUGCUGUUACGUAAGUCCUAAAUUGUAUUUCUUUAUUUGUUAAAAGUUUACAUUCAUCCUGAAUUCUUUCCAACGAAUAUAUUAUCCAAAACUGUACAGCAGAUAUGUAAACAAAAAGUGUGUCAUAUGAGAUAAGACACAAAAUAAUCGAACAAGGAAUAUUCUUUUCGAUAAUUUCCUCUUCUGGCUCUACAAUUAAAUAUGUUUAUAUACAUAGAAUACUCUAGAUUAGUAGUCAAUAACAAUGUUAGUUUUUUAAAAUAAUAUCGAUUUGUAAAGUAAGAUCAAUGGAAUUACAGUUUAUUAUUUGGGCUACCGAUAUCCAUGCUGAAAAUUACAUACUUGUACCAAAAAUACAGUGUGGAAUCAAGCUGUAAAUCAAAAAAAAAAAAUAAAUUAAAAAAAUUAAAAAAAAUUAUUAAAGACGCAUAAAUCAUAACAAUAAUAAUAAAAGUAUAAUAGCAAAUAGAAUAUCAACUAAAAUUAGGAAAAUUCCACAAAAUUCAGGAUCAUUCAAACCUAGAUGGCCAAGUGGGUGGGGAUAAUGUCUGAUCUAACUUCUUUUAGACGCAUAAAUUAGGCUUGUUAAUAUGGAUCCCAACAUUCGGCCUCAGCAAUAUUUAGUAGUCGAACUGUCAAGGCGAAAUUGAGAUUUGUUGGUAUGCGGUAGAUGACCGUGAAAACAUGCUUAACUUCAAUCUUGUGUUCUGUUGUAUCCACAAGGUGAGAUAGAAUGGUGCUUCGAAUAGAUUUUAUUUACUUAACCACAAUGCAGGGCAAUGUUCGGAAAUUCGAUGAGAAAGACGCGUAAUUGUACAGGCUAUGUAACUGUCUCCAGAGGAGCAGUUGAAUUGGUAGAUACACAUAGAAGAGGCAAAAUUAAGCAGUUUGUCUUUUACUCCCGAACGCAAAAUAAAGGUGGUUUUGGCGACACAGAGUAAUUCGGCAGCAGCGAAUGCCCUUUUUACCUCAUUUCUAAGGCGCUGUUUUAGUAUCUCUCUGAUGUUAUCUCCCGAGGAACUUCAUUUGUAAGAAAAAGGCCUUUUAGGAACUGUUGGAACCUUGGGCUGCUUUGAUUUUAGAUUAAUAUUCUAAUCAAUAAACUUUUCUGGAUAACCGUUUUCAUUCAGCAACCGUUUAAUAUUAUUAAGUUCCUCAUCAAGAUAUUCAUCCGAGCAGAUUGCUCUUGUUCUGUGAAUCAAGCACUUUAUCAGAUUACGAUUGUAUUUUAAGGGCACGAAGCUGAAAAAAUGAGUAUGUCGAUGCGUUAAUAUAGGUUUUCUAUAAACACUUCUUCAUAUUGUUCCAUCCUCUUUUCUGGUCAUAAGGACGUCUAAAAAUGAAAUACUGGUGUGUUUUUCUUUCUCAAUAGUAAAAUUUAUUGUAGAAUGAACCUCGUUAAAUUUAUCCAGGAUGUUCUUUGCUUCAUCCUCAUUUUCCAUAAUCAAAAGUGUAUCAUCCAUGUACCGACAAUAGAAUUCAUAGUUCAUCAAGAACAUCCUUCUAAGGCCCAUUUUCUAGUUUCGCGAGGAAAGUGUAGGGUAGAAUGGGUCCUAGUGGUGACCCCAUUGUCACACAAUCAAUUUGUCUUAUUAAAUAAAAAGGGAACAUUCAUUGUACAUUUCAAGAGAAGCUCUUUUAUAAAAGAUAUAGGAACGCCACUAUCGAUGUUUCCUCCUAUGAGUUCUUCGCAUACUACUAUUCUAGAAUAUUCUGUGUAUAUAAACAUAUGCAUAUAAUUGUAGUGCCAGAAGAGGAAAUUAUCGAAAAGGAUAUUCUUUGCUCAAUUAUUUUGUGUUUUAUAGAUGUCUGAAUGAAUAUUUUCGCUAUAUAUGAUAAGGUUGUUGCUGUUGUUAUUGUUGAUCUCAAAGAUACUUUACCCUUAUUCAAUAGCUGUCAUUCAUCCUUUAAAGCACUCAAAUUUUUUUUAUAAAUUCUAUGUGUUCCGAGUGCAACCAAGGGCUUUAAACUUCAACUUUGAAGUUUUAUUAGCGGUUGGGGCAUUUUUACGGGGUGGUUUGCUAGCGUCACGCCCAGUCUUCCUUCUUUACCCUGGUUGCUACCAUCUAAUCGAGGUUGAAGAGUACGUUGGCCGGGAUCUUAUGCAUGAUUGGAGACCAUCCUACCACUGAACCACUGAUGCAGGUUUAGGUGUUGUUCCUUUCCUUGAUAUGUUGUUUCUUAGAAGAUGUAGUGUGAUGGAUCUCUUUAAAGAACCGUUUAUCACUGAAAACAUUCACAGAACGGACUAUUGACCAAUUUCUACAGUUGGAUGCUUGUCUGUCGGAAAACAAACCUUAUCCAUUCCCUCCGUUAUAUAAGGUAAAAGGAGUGUCUGUAGUUCAAACUGUGUUGACACAGAUCUUUCUUUCUUAAUAUUGAGGCUUGCUAAAAAUGCAUUUCCAAACCAUAGUAUCAAAAAAAAACACACGGAGGAAAAGCAUUCCAAACUGGUUCUACUUACUUAGUGAUUGUAUUGAUUUCUUACACCUUUAUGUGUGCCUCGGUGGUUCAGUGAUAGAUUCCAUUAUGGGUAUAUUUUUGUUUUUGAUAAAGUCUCACAGUGUUAUACAGUAAUGUUUACUGAUGACGUUUCGAGCACAAUUUAUUGCUCAUAAUCAUAUCAAGGUGAUAGAUUGCUCUCCAACCAUGUACUUUGUCCAGGGUUAAAUUUCCGGCCGACCCAAUCCUAAUACCGUCAUCUAGUUUACUGACCGGCACUGAAUCCAGAAAAGAAGGAAGGUUGAGCGUGAGGUUAUCAACUCCACGCCGUGAAAAACAACACCAUCUCAACUGCAACUUCACAGC